AUGAACGAGCAUCUUGGCUUGCCCGAGAUCACUGAUAAGAUAACGCUUCGAUCUGUUGGAUAUAUGAAGCGAGGUUGUCGAGCAUUCGAACUGCCGGUAGAUAUGUCGUCCCUGCAUCUGCAACUACACGUGCAGCUGAGAUCAAGCUCCUUCCUCCCCCUGGCAGCUAUCCCAAGCAGUUGGAAAUGCAAGUUUGACUGA